AUGUCUUACGGCACACGCGCUCUUCACGUCAACGGGAACGGAUCUGUGAGGGACUUUCACACCAACUCCAAGCCCAGCACCAGCAGCAGUGUUGGGGGGAAAUCUAUCCCCCAUGGAUUGGCUUCCUCCUCCUCUUCCUCCUCCUCCUCCUCCUCCUGUUCUUCCAUCUCCCACUCUAUCAGCCGGCCCACCAUGAUCCCAGACCAGGACAAGCGACAGAAGCUUUCUUUCUUCAUCGGACAAGGCAAACCCAACCGCCCGUCCUCCUCCUCCUCCUCCUCUUCCUCCUCUUACAGCCAGCCUUCCUCGGCCAGCUGCUCCUCCUCCUCUUCCUCCUCCAGCUCUCUCUCCUCCUCGCAGUCUACCUCAGACGUUCGCUUUGUUCCGCGUCAGCUAAACCACGUUAACGGCACGUCCCGCAGUAACGGCGGUCACCACGCGGGAGGAAACGGAGCGUCGUUCUUGGUGCCGUACGGCCAGGAGUCCUCGGAGGAAUCGGACCAGGAGAACUCUGGCUCUCUGGAUAACGGCGGAUUAGCAAAGUCUCUCCUCAACGGAAACAAGAGAGCGGGAGAGACUUCCUCUCAAGCCACAAACGGAGACUCGGGAGCGCAUCACAACGGGUUAAACGGACCCACCAAUGGCCUCUCUAAAUCCACUCAAAAUGGCCACCAUAACGGACACCACAAAGUGAAUGGACACAACACCCCUAAUAAGCUCUCUGGCAGUAAUCAUGACACUUCAUCCUCUGUGGCUACGGCUGUUUCUAAUGGACACAGUGAUCACAGUCAAACAAGCCAAGAGGCCCAUAUUGCUGCUUCCUCCCUGGCCAGUUCCUCUCAGAGCCCCCAUCCCGCUGCCAGUGAAACCCAGAGCGCCCCCCCUCCUGACGUAAGGGCUACAACUGUGUCUGAACCCCUGCCUCCGCAAGCACCAUCCUCCUCUCCACCUUCAGCUACUCCAACAAACACUCACCCCGUCACGUCCAGAGAACCUGCUUCUUCCUCCUCUCCUGCCCCGCCGCACAGCAUCCCUGCAGCCUUACCCCCCCCGACAGACGACUCCCAAAACACCAACGGGACGUCUGCAGCUCCACAGAGGAUUAGCCGAGGUGAAGAGGAGGCAAAGGCUCUACCGAGGACUCGUGAUCCGUCAGCAGGGACUGAAGGACGCGCCGACGCUAAGGAGCAACCCCAGUCCAAGCCCAGUUCUAGAGGAGGGGAAAGACAAACGUCCCGGGACAGAGAGAGAGACUGGAGCAGAGACAAGGACAGACACUACAGGGACAGGAGCCCGGUGCGAGAGAGAGACGGAGACAGACAUCGCUACAGACGAGAUUCUCGGGAUCGUUCUCGGGAUCGUUCUCGGGAUCGUUCUCGGGAUCGCCACCAACACCGCUCGUACAAGGACCGCUUGGUUCCGUACAACCGGUCCUACAGGGACUGGGACCCUGAUCGUCGCAGGGACCGGCCUUUCCUCACACCCAGGGAGCGGGAGCGGAACAAUUACAACUCCAGAGAUGAUUGGGGUCACGAGCGGAGGGGAUACGGUCACUCGUACCGAGAGGAUAGGAGCCGGCGGCCGGAGAGCAGAGAGUCCCGUCGGCCGAUGAAGGAGAGGAGCACCGGCAGGGAGAGGGGUUAUUAUUCGUGGAGAGGGGAGACUUCCUCGCCAAACACAGAGACCUCAGAAAAGUCAAAGGGUUCCCCCCCUCGGGAGCGUCCAAACACAAAUGAGUCGCCUCCGAACAAGGAGGAUCACAAGAGGAACGCCGAUCCUCCGAGCAAGGAGAGGGAGGACAGCUCUGAGACUCGGUGCUCGAAAAAACACAAAAAGAACAAGAAGUCAAAAGAUAAAGAGAGACACCGAGAGAGCGGACACCCCCUCCCCCCGACUCGCGCCCCCUGCGACGAGCGACGGACGGACACUAGACACGCGGCGGCAAAAAAGUCACUCUCAUUGGCAACACCAACAACGCAGGAACGACGCAGCAUACAUACCAGAGGAACGACGGAGAGGGAGGAGGAGCGCCUGGGAGCUGCCAGGCCGACGGAGGCUGAGGCGACGCGGAGGAGGCCGAAGAAGAAGGAAGAAAAACCCCAGUCGCCGAGCCAGACUUAG